AUGAACUCCAGCAUGUAUAUGUGGAAGUACGUACAGCGUCGUGAUGAGCCACCACGAACUUAUGCGUUCGAAGAAGAAAGAUUGAAAGCGCUCAACGACCAAGCAAGGCCAGCUGCAGAUGUGGCUAGAAUCUUAGAUGAAGCGCAGGUUCCCAAUGUCCUCUGGGGCAUGAUGGCCAUUUGUUUAGUUGGCGAAUGGAAUGACGACGAAGAUGAUGUCGAAUUCUUGGUUCUUGAUCAUCUGAUCACGGCGGCCUCUAAUGCCUUGGUCGCUGCUGGAUUCACACCUUGCACAGACCCUGGCUGCCGGGCAGUACAGACCGAGAAGAAUCAUCACCCCAUUCCUGCGGUGCAUUUUCACCUCAAGGCUCAAUACCCUCAACACAACAUGCUACGGCUGUACCCCAAAUCUGGCCAUCUCUGGUGGCAUCCAGAUUUUGACCUAGGUCCCCCUACUGCAGAUGACCCUGACUUGAUGCUUUCCAAUGAUCCUAGACUCCCACCAUAUGCAGUCCAGGGAAUGUCGGGUCCGUGGACUGAGCUUUAUCCUAUUAAGAUUCUCAACCGAAGCUCUUGCACGGAGGCGGUCUGGUGGUUGCUUUUUCGAGAUCUUGACCACGCCAAUAAUUACGAUCUUGUAUGGAGCAUGAUGAUAUACUCACUAAUGUUGUACCCGAAAGGAAUAACCCUCUGCCCUAAGUUCCAACCUAUGUGGGAAGAAUUUACUUUGCCAGAGCGAAGGCUACACGCAGGAAAUGGGGCCCAGCACUUGGACUCUGGAAGAAGAUGA